UGAAACCUAACUGAAAUGUCUCCUCGUCUGGUACUAAUCUGCCUAGCACUCCUUGUGCUGGUGUACGCACCCCAGCCCACAUCAGCGGCAGCUUUCCAGCUAAGUGGCGCUACAUUGCUGGAGCGUGAUCCUGAUACUGAAUUGGCUACAACCGUGGAGCCUUCAUCAUCGGAAUCGGGUCAACCAAAGCAGCGGACUUUCUUCCUGCUGUUGCCGCUGCUCUUUUCCAACCAAUACUAAAUAUCUGAUGGCGCUGCCAAAGCCAUAGCUAGAGUCGUAUAUGAAUACGCUUACAAAAAUAUAUGUUAAUAAUAAAGUGAAUUAAUUGAGCAUGCAAA